AUGCCUACUUUUGCCCCGAGUGUUGACUCUUCUGCUCUUGCACCUGGCCCUACUCAGUUCCCGCAGGGUGAGGAGACCACGACACUCUCUGAGGGCUCAACUGAGCAACCUUCCGAGUCUCUUUCCCUGGGCACAGAGUCAGUUCCAACCAAAGGCUUGAGUACUGAGACUUAUGUCUCGCAGCAAGGCAGCUCUACCCUCUCAGAAGACACUGGCGCUUCUACUGUCCCUGAAAGGGUCUCUACAACCACUCUUAAGUCAGUUAUCACCAGUCAGGUCAUACUCACGGAGAGAAUCUCGACUAUUUACACUGCUUCCGCUGAGGCCUCCACAUCUGAGGAGAAUACUGAAGUCGUCGAAACCUCCUCAGCUGAAGGUGCUAGCACCGAGACUGGGCAGGGUCCUGCUUCCGCUGCGGAUGCCAGCUCUGAGGCUGCUACUAUUCCUACUGCUGAGUCCACAGCCGCUGGAGCGUCUACACUCACGACAGAAGCUGAAAUAUCCACCACUACACCAUGCACGUCGACCAGGCACACUCACAUCUACGACAAUACCACUAUCGUCCACAGCACAGCCGAUCAAAGUAAUGACUCUUCCGCUUUGGCUGGAUCCUUCACCUCGGCUUCUUCCCUCGCAUCUGAGUAUACCUCUGCCACGUCCGAGGUGAUCGAGCAGACUACAGCUAUCGGUGCUGAGACAUCAGAGGGUCAAGCUGGAGUGUCCACUUCCGAAUAUCUCGAGGGCACGACUGAGACUGUUGUUGGAGUCCAGACCACUCUUCCUACUGAGUUCAUUCCAAUUGAGUCCACCGCUACUCAAACAGACUCCGAGAUCGCCACUUCCUCUCAACCAACUGAAACACCAGUACCUUCUGCAGAGUCAACCGGCCCUCAAGGCUACGACUUCGGACCCAGCUCCAACGACGGCUGGCCAACCGCCUCUUUCGCCUCAACGGCCGACGCAGCAACUGGAUUCACCACUAUUCUUACCACAAGCGAAUUCACCGAGGAGUCUUCUACCACCACUGGUGUCAAGGAACCUAAAUAUGAACCACCUGCUUACGAGCCUCCUUCGUACCGUGAGCCAGCUUAUGUUCGCAAGCGAUGGGGUUUCUAA